AUGCCUAAUCAUCAUGACUAUCCCCGCGAGAUUGGUCAGCAAGAGCAGAAAGAUGGAACAUAUGUUCCACAAGCAUUUGUCAUUGGUGCGUUCAUGGCCAUAUUCUUUGCCCAGGUUGGUGUGAAUUUCUUGCAGGUUGUGAGGUCGGGAAGGCGCAGACGGCGUGUUCUGGAAAUGCAGUUUCCACAGCCCUUGCCCCAGCGAAAUCAGAAUCGAGGUCCAACUAGAGCCACUGGGGUUGAUGCCAAUGCCGAAGAGCAAAAUGUAGGACCACCUACCCCGGGGAAUGCUGUUGUUGAAUAG